UUCCCUUUGGUGAAUCAUUUCUCCUUUAUCAUAUUCCUGAGGGUGGGGGCGUUAUGGAGAUCCUUAAGUAGCGGAUGGUCAGAUGAAAUGGCACACAGAGGAAACAUGAACACCUCGAGCAUUUACAGCACAUUCGGACGCUUGUUGCCCAACAACUUUUCUAUUUGGGAGCAUCUCCAAAAGAACUGGACUACCCAUGGUUUGACGCCUUUCUCCAUCGACUUUCUGUUUGCGGGACAUGAACCUGACACAAUAGUUUUAAUGGUGAUGUAUAUGAUAUCAUUCGUGACCGGACUGGUGGGGAAUAUAAUGGCUCUGUGGGUCCUGACGCGCCGGAGGAAUCGCUUGUCUGGAGCUUCAGCCACCAGGAGACUCCUGGUCAACCUGGCGGUGUGUGACAUGAUGGUAGUUUGCGUCUGCAUGCCGGUUAAUUUAGGACAUCAGGUGUAUAACGCGUGGGUGUUUGGCGACUUUCUGUGUCGAGCUGUGCCGUUCGUUCAAGCGGUAUCAGUCUCUGCCAGUGUUCUGAGUCUGGCCGUGAUCAGUUUGAACAGAUACUACAGCGUCCACAGUCCCCUGCACGCCAGAUCUUUCUUCACGGCCAGGAGAAUGAUAUGCAUGAUUGCUGUGGUGUGGAUCGUAUCUUCUGCACUAUGUUUGCCAUUGUUUUUCAUGAACACGACUAAGACGCUUUCCCUACUAGACGGACUGCAUACAGUGACCGUGUGCUUGGAGAGCUGGUCUAAAGUCAAACUGCGCCAGGGUUACAACUUUUUACUCUUCUGCGCGUUGUAUGGAUUUCCGGUGGUCUUUAACCUGGUCAUUUGCUUUUUGACCUGCUGGAAAUUGAGUAGAGGAGGCACAUCAUCAAUAUCAGAUCCUAACCAGCUCGCGCUAACCUCUUCAACAUCGCGCCUGAAAACGCGCAAGAGGAUCGCCAAAAUGGUCUUUGCGCUCGUGCUGCUGUUCACUUUCUCCUGGCUGCCGCUCUAUGCCGUGGAUAUCUGGAUCGACUCCCACAUUCCCAGCUCUCCUGAUCGACAUGAUGAGCUGAGCAACGUUGAACAUCAUUGGAUUCUCCAGAGCAGACCCUUUGCGCAAUGGCUGGGUCUCACCAACUCAUCCCUCAACCCUCUUUGCUACUGCUUUGUUGGAAAUUUGUACAGAUCGGCCAGAAGAUUUAGAGAAAGCUACAGAGAGAAGAUUUCAUCUGUCAUGAGUCUGACCAAUAAGUCUUCAAUGAGAAAUUCGGCCUCUAAAAUCCAGCAGCGCAACUCUGGCUCAUCUGGGAGGUUUGCUUCAGAAACGAGGAGCGACACUGCUUUCAGACUGACCAGAAGUAAAAGCUUGUCUGCAACGACUGUGUGUGAGAGUAUUUGACUGGGGGAGAAGGAGAAUACAGACAGACUUGAAACAAUGUGAAAAGGGCGAUGCUUUGUAAUAACUUUCAUUGAUAAAUCAUUAAUCCUUAAUAGAGUGGUAGUUCAUGUACAUUUCAACAUAUUUUUUAAAAGCCAAACUAAAAUAUAAUAUAAUAUAAUAAUAAUAGUUAUUAAUCAAAGUUAUUAUAAAGUGUUACUGUGAAUUAUCUUGGCUAUUUUGUUUGUAAUUAUUUUCUGUUAAAUAAAUGAAUACCAGAUUUGUUCUGAAAACAGUGAAUAUGAGUGGAAAAUUGCAGUCUGAUAUGGAAGGAAACCCAGAAUGUGAGGCUCAAGCCAGGAUUAAUGGUACCGCUGAGGGGCUUUAGCCCUGACGUGUGGUUGUCUGUUAUUCCACCAACUUCUCCCCAACAGAAAUAGAAAGAUCCCUGUAUAAUAAAUAUUCCUACUGUUAGCCUAUACAUUUUGAAGACACUAGAAAUUUAGAUUUAUAGCUCCUAUUUGGUGGGCAGAACAGUUCUCUUACAAAAAUAAAAGGUUCUUUACUAGCAUCUAUAUUGUACAUCCAUGGCAUCUUUCCAGUCCUCCAUAGGUUCUUUCCCAGCUAACAGGGAAUGUUCUCAGAACUUUGGCUUAUAAGGUUCUUUCAAAGUUAUGAACACAUGUUCUUUCAGUAGCAUUAAUGGAACCUUCGUUCAAAGUUAUCUGGUCUAAUAAUGUUCUCAAAACGUUAGCACAAAAACAUUACUUUUUUUUUUUUUUUUAAAGUAACGUUCCCAAAAUUACUGCUGAAUGAUAAAUUGGAAUGUUUCCUUGGAAUGUUUUUAAACAUUUUUAAAAAAUUGACAUUUUGAAAAUGGACGUUCAGAGAACAUUCAGAAAUAAUGUUUUCAUAACGUAACGGGAACGUCAGAAAAACUUUCUUAGAACACUUUUGGUUUCACUUUAUUUUGAUGGUCAACACCUUCUGUUGACUAUAACGUUGCACCUACAUGUCUACUAACUCUAAUUAGAGUGUUAGUAGAGUGUUAGUAGACUGGUAGGGUUAGGGUUAGAAUAAGUUGACAUGUACUUGCAAAGUUAGACCAUCACAAUAAAGAGUUAGCAGAUAUUAAGCAGACAGUCUACUAAUACUCUAAUGACAGUUAGCAGACAUGUAGUUGCAAAGUUACUUAUAGUCAACAGAAUGUUCAAAAGGGACCAUCGAAAUAAAGUGUUUCCCAUUUUAAAAUGUUCUUCAUACUAUGAAAAAAUGGUUCUUUUAAGAACUGUUCACUGAAAGGUUCUUUGAGAAACCCAAAAUGAUUCUUCUAUGGCAUCGCCGUGAAAACCCCUAUGUGGAAGCUUUAUUUUUAAGAGUCAAUGACAAAUUAGAGAUCUGCAGAGAACCAUAAUGCUGUUGUUUUAAUGUUUGCCGUCACACAAGCUAAAAUUUUGAUGAAAAAAUGACUCUGUCGGAGAGUAAUGGAUUUAUUCAGGUAAUUUCCCGCUUCUAGUGUGACUAAUAUAGGUGAUAAUUUGUUGUCAUAAAGAUGGAGCAUAGACAGUGUAUAGCAACCCAGUAAUUUUGACAAACAGAUCUCUUUAAUUUUCUGUGCAAUUAAAUUUUCGCACUAAUCAGGACAAAUGGGAUUCAAAGAUUAUCCUCAAGCGCAAAAGAUUUUCUGUGCAUGAAGAUGUGAUCUGUGCAUGCAUGCUGGCUUUAUUCAGAAAUAAUAAUUAAGGCAGAUUUACAUCAUUAACUGAAAACUGACUGUGCAUAAUUUGCUUAAAAAAAUGAAAACAGGCAAGAUACAUCAAUACAUCAAAACUACAUUACAUAUAAGUGCUGAUUGUUGUAAAUGACAUUAGCUUCACUUAGGUGCUGAUGUUUUUUUUUUUUUUUUUUAAAUACCUGAAUAAGCCAUGUAAUGCUCUGCAUUCAUCUCAUUUUAUUGUUUUCGAGACAAAACUUAGUAUUUAAUUUUCAAUUAAAUAGUAAAAUGAUGGUGUUGCCACAAUAAUAUUGUCUGAAGCUUGAAAUACACAUACAUUGAUAAA